AUGUCUGAUACAGAAACAGCACAAUCGGCCCAGAAGCUGAGCAAAAAGCAACUCAAAGCGCUUCGAUUUAAGGCGAAGACGUCGAACAAUGCCGCCGAAGAGUUGAAAACGGUUGAAGAAACCAAAGCGAAGGAGAUCGAAAACGCAAAGAAGAGAAAAGUUGAGGAGGAAGAGGCUGCAGCAGCUGCCGCUGCUGCUCCGAAGAAGAAGAGGAAAACCAGAAGGGGUAAGAAGCACAGAGGAGAGAGGGAGGGAGACAAUUCCGGGCCUCGGUUUAUCUUGUUUGUUGGGAACUUACCAUACAAAGUGACGGAGGAAGACAUCAACACGCAUUUCAAGAACUGCAAGCCGUCGUCGAUCAGGCUGAGAACGGACAAGGGCUGUGCGUUUGUGGAGUACAAAAACGCCGACUUGAAGGAGAGCAAGCGACAGAUGGACAUUGCUCUCCGUCUGCACAAGAGCACGUUGGGCGGGCGGAAGAUCAACGUCGAGCUCACGGCAGGCGGAGGCGGCAACUCGCAAGACCGCAAGGAGAAGAUCAAGGUGAAGAACGAGAAGCUUGAGGACGAGCGGACGAAGAGGACGGUUGCUGAGCGGGAGAAGAAGCGGAAGGCGGACGCUGCGAAGGAGAAGGAGGCUGGCGGAGAGAGUGAGCCUGCUGGAGAGGACGGGGUGCACCCAGACAGAGCCAAGCUUUUGCAGCUCGAGUGA